CUUGGCAACCCCAACAAGUAAACCCGACGGUCUGGAUGAUGACCCGAACACUGGUGAAGGGGGUCGUUGAUGAUCCCAACAUAAUCUCCAAAGACAUGGAGAGAGUCAAGUCUUGAGCCUAUUUAACCAACACCUCCAGCACUCAGCACACUGUCCUGACCAUGGCCCCUGUAAAAGCAUACCUGACUCUUCCAUAACCACACCACUGCACCACAAGCCCAACAUGAAGGUUAUCGCUCUCUUCUCUGCCCUCCUCCUCCCGACCAGCGCCUUCGCGGCCGGCGGUCGUUGUUCUGGCUCCUGGAACGACGACCGGUGCAUCUGCAUCGACAAUAACGAGUGCAGGCGCUACGGUGGCGACCCUAUCCAGGGCUCCCCGGGCGACUGGCCGUGCCCAAGCGAUCCGGACAACGUUUGGGGUUGUUGGGUUUGGGACAAUUGCCCCGGCCUGGAUAGCUCGACUGGCUGUAUGUGGCGGAAUGGCUGCAUCGCAAAUCGCGGAACCGUCCGCAGAGAGGAGGUCUGCCCUGGCGGGGUUGACUUCAUCUGCUGUGACUUUUGAUUUCGGUCAAGGUGUGUUGACGGAGAGAGAGGGGCUCACGUGUUUGUGUCUGGUAUUUUGCAUUUGACUACCUAACAUACGCAAACUAUAUGUCGCCCUACACUUGCUCGGCCAUUGUCAGUGGCUGUUGCAUAUAAAUGUGGUAUCGUUCGUUGAG